AUGGACGAAGUAGCUCCCUGGUUCCAGUUAAGAAUCACUUCUUCCCUGCGUCCCAAGGCUGAUGAGAUGAAGGCUUUCUUAAGCAGCACUAAUUACAGUGGUCGGAGUUGCCUUGCAGAGUUCAUCAGAAAUGAAGACAUCCGAAAACUCUUUGUUUACUUGAAGUUUGCCAAAGGUCCUAUUCAAGCUUCUUUGAUUCCACCCAAAGCACUUGAGAGCAAAUGCAUGUGUCUGAUAAAAUCCAGAUCUGCACUCAAGCUGACAGCUGAAAACAUAGGCCAGCAUGUGAUGCUAUUUGAGUCUAGCAAGUCACCUCUGAAGCACCUAGAUGUACUUCUGCAACAAGUUUUCUUACCACUUCUGUGUGCAGGUCUCCCUGUAUGGCGACCCUUAGUUGUUAAUGCUGAUAGAUUGCUUGAUGCCACUCAUAAAUUUGUGGGCCAACUGGAAAUGAUAAGAGGCCAUGUUAAGGGUCACAUUGUGCUUCCUAUUCCACCUGUCAAAGUGCUGCAGAGGACAACUCCUAAUGCAAACCAGACCACGGUCAUUCAUGUGCUGGAAUCAGCAGUCAUUGGGUGGAUCAAGCAAGUCAAGGUGGUUCUGAACUAUGAUGCCCUGGCAGAGCUUGAGAAGCAUGGCACAGCAGCUGGAAUUUAUCAGGAAGAGGCAGUGUGGGAGAAACACAUCCAGGACCUGCACUCGUUAAAUGCCCAGUUAGAUUCAGAAGUGGCUAGGGAAAUUCUUUCCAGUCUGGAGCUGGCUGACAGCAUGUAUGGACGCUCUUUUAAGAAUGUGAGGAAGGAUAUUGAAAAGGCUCUUUUCCAGGCAGAAGAGAACCUGCAGUAUCUCAGCACUUUGCUCCGCUGGUGUGAACCUCUAAAACUUGCUGACAGUGUGUCUGAGAUUCUCAAGUAUUUUCCUCCACUGCUGCACACUUUGUUCCUGAUUUGGAUGCACUCAAGCUACUAUCACCAGCCAAAAGUUUUCAUCCAUCUUGUAAAACUGCUGUCCACAGAAGUCAUAAGCAUUGCUGCUGGGAUUGUUGGGGGUGAUCUACUUAGGGAGCCUUCACAGUCAUACAAGCAAUUGAAAAGUGCUCUGAAAGUGUGUGCGACAUUCAGAGGAACCUACCUUGAUGUUAAGGCCAAGGCAGACGAGAUGAACACCAAGAAAAUAGAAGAGCACAUUCAUCACAUGUCUUCAAUUCCCACAGAUGCAUUGUGGAGUGCUAAACUCUAUGGUCCUCUAUCAGCAAAGUACAGCCUUCGGGGAUGGCAGUUUCCAGGUCAAGAAAAAGAUGGCAAAAAUGACAAAUGGGUGAAUAGCCCAUGGCCUUCUCACGGUGCAGAUUGCUUCAAUAGAAUUAACUUUUUCAUGGAAAGGUGCAAUGAUGUUCUGGAGCUAGUGGAAACCAUCAAGCAUUUCCAGUUACUGGAGACAGUAGCACGAAUUGGUGGGACUGGAAGUGACAGUCAGGAUGCAAUGGUGCAAGAGAUCCAUGAAACCUAUUGUAGGGCUAUGGAUGUGUUUACCAGAAAGAACGGGGACAUCCUAUUCACUGAGAGUAACCAGUCCUUUGAAAAAGCCUUCUUUGACUUCAGAAUAACUAUUAAGGAGUUGGAAUUCCAGAUAGCAGAGGUCCUCCAAAGUGAUUUUCAACAGACACCUACUAUUGGAGCACAGCUGAGAUUACUGCAGGUUUUUGAAGGGAUUAGUGGCAGGGAUCUUGUCCAGAAACAUUUAAAAGUCAAAGAACAGCAGCUUUUAUCAAUGCUGAUUGAUGAGGUGACACAGGUGAAGUCCUCCUACCAGGAAAUGUGUCGGAAUGCUUGUGGGCGCUCUCUUGCGCCACCCACAGUCAAUAAGCUGCGCUGCUUGAAGGGCUUACAGGACAGGAUCUCGGAGCCAAUGCACAAACUGAAAGAUGUUCUGCCUCAUUCUUUGAAAGGCGAUUUUGGCUGGAAACUCAGACAUUUGUACUCCGACACUAUGGAAGAGCUGCAAAGGUAUGAGAAAGAAACAAUGGACUCCUGGUUACAGACUGCUGAGAUGGACCUAAGCCAAGCAAUUAAGAAGCCUUUAUUGGUUAUUUCUGAUAAGAAAGAUGAACUAGAAGAUUCUCCAUUCUCUGUAGAAUUGAAUCUGGAUCCAGAUUUUGUUCUGCUGCUACGAGAGGCCAACUACUUCCGCCAGGCUCCAUUUCAUAUACAUUUACAUGAAUCUGUAGAAACAUUUUUGAAAAAUGAACAUGUGAAUCGGCUGUGGGAACAAGCUGCCAGGUUGGAAACUGUCCUUUGCAAGUAUAAUGAAAUAACGAGAAACAUCCAUGACUAUGAAAAGGGGCUUCUGGAGAACAUGCUUUCUACGGCCCAGACGCUGCUGCAGAGUGGACUGAGCAUCUACACAUGGAAUACAGAGAGCAGUGCUGAUUUCAUCGAGCAGGCAUCGUCUCUUAUAUGUACUGACCUCUACUUCACAUUCAGCACAGUGAGGAACAACUGCUUGGAGAUCUUGACUCUUUCCAACUCCUGGUCUCAAGGGCGACUGGACAUAUUUUGCAGCAGGAGCACAAGGGAACCAGCUUCGAUGGAAGAAUUACUGCAAGAGCAAGGGACCGUGGAGAGUGCCUUGAAAAGACAAAUCAUCUCAGAUGGUCAGAGAAUUCAUCAACUGAUUGGACAAUCUUUUAAAGCAGUAAGCAUCAGUGAGGCUUCACCUGCUUGGCAGGGCUUCACGGAACACAUGGACAUCCUCGUUCUGCAAGGGCUAAAGCGGGUUACACUGAGUAGCCUUGCUUCCAUGCUGAACUUGCUGUUAGAAGAACAGGUACCCAUUCUGCAAAUCCAUGUUGACUUGGUUGAUGGCAAUGUGGCAUUUUCUCCUCCUCUGGAUGAAAGUACAGCUGAGCAGAGUGUUUUAGAACAUGUACGUGCAUGGCUAAAGGCUUUUCUACUCCGAGGUGCUCUGGUGACCAUGAUCUCUUCAACUACUCAGGGAGGCUACCAUGAAUAUGUGGCAGCCGAUAAAGAGAUCAUUCAGUUAGUUGGCCAUAUUAUGGACAAGGUGCAAGAUGGGUGUUCCAGCUGCCAGGCAACUCUGGAUGUUUUAAGUGAAUUUUCAUACUUGUGGAAGAAAGAUGUGAACUCUUCCUUCAGGGACUUUCUGAAUGGCUUUGGGAGGGUGAAAUCUACUAAUCCUGCUCGGUUUGCUGACUCCAGCUUUUUGAUGGACUUUGCAGACACACUGAGUGAUCGAUCAUUUAGUAGACAGAGCAGCAGCCUGAGGUCCCAGAGCACAUUGUUGAUUGAAGCUGAAAGAGCCUUCCUAAUGCCGUCAGAUGCCAAACCAAAUGCAGAAGUUUCCCUUUUGGAGGAUUUUGAUGCUGAACUCUCUGCCCACCGGAUCGACCAAGACAAGAUAUCAAAACUUCAGGACUGGGUAGACAUUGGCUGGAUUCAGGUUGACUUUCGCCCCAUCAAGCAAAUAUUGCUGUCAUAUUCAUUUAAGUGGAUGUGGACAUUUGCCAGAUAUUUAACAGACAAGGUGACAGAUACCCUGAAGAGUCUGGAUGCUUUUCUGAAAAGGACAGAGCCUCACAUUGAGGGUAUCACAGGAGAAGAGAGGGACACAGGGUUUUUUAUGAGCAUGAUGCGACUUUUCAAUGAGGUGUCUGCAAAACAAACAGAAAUGGAAGGGCAGUUUUUUGUUAUGCAGAAAACGUUAAAAUUGCUUGAAAAAUAUGAUGUUAAACUCCCGGUGGAAAUCCAGGCUCUGUUCAAGGCAAUCCCUAGCCGUUGGAACAAUCUGAAAACCAAGAUCUCACUGGCAAAACAGCGCCUAAGUCCAAAGAUUCACCAAGAAUCUGAGAGAAUCAAUAAGGAUCUCUCAAGUUUUGCUGAAAGACUUAACCAACUUAAAGAAGAAAUAGAUGUAUCUGAUGUUUAUAUGAGAGACUGCUUGCUUCAAAAUGCCUACGUAAGGAUUAAGAAGUUCACUAAGCAAGUAAAAAGUCUGCAGCAAGAAGCAAAAGAUCUCAAGGAGCUGCAAGAGCUUCUUGAGGCCACAAUAGUGGACUUUGCCACAUUAAAUGAAUGUCAGAGCACUGUAAGGAAUCUCACCUUAAUGUGGCAGGCUGUUGAAGUGAUUAGAAAACAGCAAAAUGGCUGGAAGUUGCAACCCUGGCAAGUUAUUGACACAGCCCAGCUUAUCCAAAGCACAGAGGAGCAGCUCAACCUGAUCAAAUCUCUCUCACGAAAGGUGCAAGGCUGGGAUGUAUACACCGGGACCAUGGAAUCGGUUAAUGUUAUACAGGAGGAUUUCAAUAAACCUGCAGCUGACCUUGCCUCUGAUUAA